AUGAAUUACUUGCUAGAUGCUUUUAACAUGGCUUUGUUUAAAGAUGGUGAUCAUGCUGUUUUGACAUGUCAUGAUCGAACGAAAAUAGUGCAGAUUCGCAAAGAACGUCCGAUAUUUAUCGAUAAAAACAAAAUCUUUCUCACCCAUUUGAUUGAUGAAUGCGAUGGAACUUAUUUCGAACUGAAGGAUCGAUAUUUGAGUAAAAUCAAGACCGAUCAAGCUAAAAAUCUCAUUCAGACAGAAGAAACAUCUUCGGAUGCUGCUGGGCAAGACAAUCGAGAUUUAUGUGAUGAGGGAACUGUCAACCAAACACUACAACAUGAUGAAAUCGAGCAAAUGAAAUCCGAAGGUGCAUCGGGUCAAACAAUUAUUUCUCAAUUAGUAUCGAAAAGUGCAACAUUCGAAAAAAAGACUGUCUAUUCCCAACAGAAAUAUUUAAACAAGAAAAAGAAGAAAUACAUUCAAAUCUAUCAAGCAUGGAAGCCAAGUAUCCGUCUCCUAUGUCAAGCGUACACGCAUGAUUUACAAAAAAUCAUGUAUUUACGACGUGACACUUUAGCCAUGCUUUUGUCAUUAUCAAACAUUACUCAUGAUUCGAAUGUGGCAAUAGUCGAGUCAUGUCAAGGUUUGAUUUUAGCAUCUGUAAUUCAACGUUGUGCAGGAGGUAAUGGAUUGAUAUUCAAUUUGACGCCAGCCGGAGAACAUAAUUCCACUGCUCCUUGUUGUGAUUUUAUGGACUUUUCCGAAGAGUAUACUUCGAAUGUUUACAACAUUCCUAUUGAAAACAUUGGCGAUGUCAAUGCGGUUGAACGUGCUAAUCAAGUGAAACCAUCGAAAGAAGAGCCAAGUGAAAAGAUGUUACAAGCACAAGCACGUCGGCAACGUCGUCUUGAUGGUUUACAACUAUUCGAAAAAACAAAAAUGAAUAGUUUAAUCAUAGCAAGUAAAUAUGAUUCACUAUCAAUAUUACAACAUGUAAUUGAUUAUAUGGCAUUGUGUUCACAUUUUGUGGUCUAUUCUCAAUCUGUCCAAAGUUUGUUAGAAUGCUAUCAAUACUUGAAAAAACGUGGCGGAACGAUCCACGUUGAAGUGGCUGAUUCAUGGUUACGAGAAUAUCAAAUUCUCGAUGAACGAACACAUCCAUUCAUUCGUAUGUCUGGUGCAAGUGGUUAUUUGCUCAGUGGGAUGAUUGUUGAAUCCUAA